UUCUUUACUCUCUUGGAUACCCCGCCUCUUACUUUCCCUUCUUUAAUGAUUCUGAUUUUUCUCUUCUUUCCACGAAAAAAUGAAAGCAAUCUGAGGAGUGCUUGAAAAUCAAACGCAUGAGAGACUUGCUUAUGAUUUAUAGAGAUUUUAUGAUUAAAUCCACAUGAUGGGUUCUGUCACUUACUCAAAUCCAUGGGCACCAAAUGCUUCUUUCAAAGACUGUUCUCAAGGAAUUUGCAGCAUCUAUUGUCCUCAGUGGUGUUACAUCAUCUACUCUCCUCCUCCUCCUUCAAUCUUGCUUGGUGAUGACACAAAUGAUGACCCUUCUGGCUUUCAAUUCUCUCCUCUCAUAGUAGCUGUCAUUGGAAUCCUAACAAGUACUUUCAUCUUGGUCACUUAUUAUACCAUUAUCUCAAGGUUUUGUAGGCAUAGGGGCAGAAUCAAUGACCCAUCUUCUUCACAAAUAGAUCAUGAGGAUGGAGAUGCUAUGAACAGAGAUUUGGCUCAAGUUUCUUCACCUUCUGGUUUAGAUGAGGCUCUCAUCAAAUCAAUCACUGUUUGUGAGUACAAGAAAGGUUGUGGGUUGGUGGAGGGUAGUGAUUGUUCUGUGUGUUUGAGUGAGUUUCAAGAGAACGAGAACUUGAGAUUAUUGCCAAAAUGCAACCAUGCCUUUCAUCUACCUUGUAUUGACACUUGGCUUAAAUCCCAUUCAAGUUGUCCUUUGUGCCGUUCCAAUAUCUCCUCAACCAUCACUUCUAGUACAAAUCAAAGAGAUACUUCAUCUAUGGAAGCGCCAGCAAGCAUAAGUAUCAAUGCCUUGGAAUACCAGCAAAGGAGUGAUGUUGUCGUAAUUAUUCAGAGUUCUGAGCCAAUUUCACAGCAAGAAGUAGUUGUUAACUUUGGUGGUGAAGUUCUUCCAAAGUUGCCAGUGGAAGGUGCUCAUGGUGGACAGAAUAUGGAACAUAUAAUUAGGCAUGAGAUGAAUUCUUGUACAAGUCAAAGAUGGGUAUCUAUUGCUGAUAUAUUGAAUGAAAGUGAAGGUGAUGUGGAAUUGCAGAGGGAGGUAUCUAUGUAGGAUCAUCAAGAGGAACUGAAUGAGCACAUAAGUGAAGAGAAUGGGAAAAGUGGAGUGGUGGAUCUCGUGAAAAGAUCUGCUUCAACGGAGUAGAUAUUCUAUUCUUCCAAACAUGGUAUGUUUUUAAUUCUGAACUUAUUACUAGCUUCUGUAACAUAGUUGAGGUUAUUGAAGACCGGGAUUACUGUAUAUGAAUUUGA